AUGGCUGCCACCAUGGGCAGCAUGCGACGGAACUUGAAAGACUUUUCUACCCUUCUGGAAAGGCCCGAAAUAUUUCUCAGCACCCAGCCAUCUUUAUGCAAGAAGUUAAGGACUGCCACCAAAGCUGUGUAUGACUUUGCAAAGAACCAGGAAUCUGAUUGUACUUCUGACAAAGGAGUACUUCCUCGACUAAUUGUGAAAGACUUCGACGAGGAACAGAUCUGGCAGGAAAUAGAAUUACAGAACACGCACAGUGUGAAGAAGCUGCUUGUUGCUGUGUCUGAAGUUCUUGUCAAGAAAAACAUUAGUUUUAAGUAA